GUAGAUCAAAAAUUAUGAUGAUCUCAAUUUUCAGUCUGUUGGCUUCAACAGCCAUUUUGGUAUUUGCUAAUGGGCAGAGCAAUGUCAAAUUGGAGUUUGUUCAAGCGAUGUGGAGACACGGAGAACGUGCAUCUCAAGUUGAUCAAUACCCAAUUUACGAAAAAGAUUGGAUUUAUGGAGGAGGUGGUCUCGGAGAGCUGACUGCAAUUGGAAUGGGAGAAAUGAACGAACUUGGAUGGCUUAUUCGUAAAAGAUAUGUUACUAAAUUGAAGUUUUUGACACCAAAGUAUGCGUCCAGAGAGGUAUAUUUUAGAUCAACUAAUUUCAAUCGUACCAUUAUUUCGGCACAAUCACUUUUGUACGGGCUGUUUCCACCAAGCUUGUAUGAUGUCAAAAACGUUGACUAUCCAUACUCCCCACUCACUUGGUUCCCUGGAUUCACGUUUGUUCCAGUUCACGUCGAUGGUCCGGAUCAGUGUGCCGCUAGUCAGAACUGUCCAUGCACAAGAUACGAUCUUCUCCAAGGGCAGAUGUUGACUCUUCCGGAAGUUUUGCCAAAGUAUACGCAGGUGGUCCUACUUAACCGUCGUGUCGGUGGAUAUUACAACAUGACAUCUGGCCUAGACUCCUUCACAACAUACCCAGAUACGUGGAAAUGCCAGAGAGCAUAUUUCAACAGAACUAUGUACGCGAAGCUUCCAUGGUACAAUGAAGAACUCUACUAUCAAGCCCAAGUUACAUAUGCUCCGGUUAAGGGAUUUUUAGAGGGAAAUUUUGAGAAUCCUGCUGUCACUUCUUCCGGGCUCGAUGUGGGUCUUGAAAUCAAAAAAGUUCGAUCCGGAGUUAUUAUCAAUGAAGUUUUCAAUCGUGCCAAUGAAAAAUUGAAUUGUGCAGAGCUGGGACAAAACUGCACUAGCUAUUUGAAUAAGCUGAAAUUCUAUGGAUAUUCUAUUCAUGACAACAAUGUGUACGGUGUCCUGGUUGCUCUUGGUAUUCCACAAAUCGCUAACACACUUGACGGAUGGCCAGCAUACGCAGCUGGAAUAUUUAUGGAAUUCCACAGAAACACGUCAACAAACGAGAGAUUCUUCAAGGUUCUGUACCGUGAAGGAGAUGACACUCCGAUUUCUGAUGUGACAAGUCAACUUCCAAUUUGUAAUGGAGCCACCUUGUGUCCACUUGGAGCUCUUCAGACUUUGGCCGAGACACUGAAGCCACUUCCAGAUAUUACUACUCUCUGCAAAACUCCUCUAUGAAUUACUGGAACUGUAAUUUUUGUUGUAACUCAAUUUUUAUAUUUUUUUAUGAACUAUUUCAUUAAAA